AUGAGUCCUCGUCCCAUCAUCCCCUUGGCUGCUGCAGCCGCCGCCGCCGCCGCCACCUCUCUUUUCUCUCGUCUUCGGCAUUACAAAGUGGUUAUAUACAACCUAGUUUUCCGUACCAAGUUGCUUUCGUGUUUGUUUUUUUUCGUCUGCUCGCAAAAAAACCGCUCGCUUUGGCCCCCUCUCGUGUUCCCCGCCCAACCCUCGUCUAAUCAUCCCAAAGAAACUAAGGGGGCCAGCGAGCGGUGCGACGACUACGCAGGAUGUGUGUGCCCUUCUUCUCCCACGGGCAAGUCCAUCCGCGACCUCCGCGACGCCUCCUUUGGCAUGGUGGUUCAAUGCCUGUCCUCCCGCCACGUCCUUGGCGAUUGGUAUUCCUACUCUCGAUAG